ACUAAAAAGAUUCAAUCUUUCGGCUGAAUCUUUGAGAGUUACAACGACACAUCCAGAAGCCCAAACCUGUAAAAGAUAAAUGCGCAGCCUGGUCUUCCUAUGGUAUUUAAGCAAAAGCGGAAGUAUACGACGGAUGAUAGUUUGGCUCCGCUAUUUUUGUGUCUCACGGCUUGAGUCGGAGCGGGUGGUUUUUUCAGGAGGGAAACUUUACAAGGUUUAACGGGAAUUGAGCACGGGUAACUCAUUUCGCUUAAUUAAUAGAGUCACUGCAGCCAUAUAGAAAGGAGUCCACAGAUCAUGUCAGGCAUUGCAUUGAGCCGGCUUGCCCAGGAGCGCAAGGCAUGGCGGAAGGACCAUCCUUUUGGAUUUGUUGCUGUACCAACCAAAAAUCCAGAUGGAACCAUGAAUCUCAUGAAUUGGGAAUGUGCUAUUCCGGGCAAGAAGGGGACUCCAUGGGAAGGAGGCCUUUUCAAACUGCGCAUGUUGUUCAAGGAUGACUAUCCUUCUUCACCUCCAAAAUGUAAAUUUGAGCCUCCACUCUUCCAUCCAAAUGUGUAUCCAUCAGGCACAGUAUGCUUAUCUAUUCUAGAGGAGGAUAAGGACUGGAGACCAGCCAUCACAAUAAAGCAGAUCUUAUUAGGAAUCCAGGAACUCCUAAAUGAGCCAAAUAUCCAGGAUCCAGCCCAAGCAGAGGCUUACACAAUCUACUGCCAAAACAGAGUAGAAUAUGAAAAAAGAGUUCGAGCACAAGCCAAAAAAUUCUCCCCCUCAUAAGGGCGAAGACUCACUCCACUGCGGCAGAAGGAAUGGGUUUAACAUGAAUCACCUCCCCGCUCAGUCUCUCAAUGAAUGUGCUUUUCUCACAUCGAGACUCGCUUAAAGACUGCUAUUUAAACUCCACACAUUCUGUGCCAUCCGCUCUCUUCUGACCUAUCAUUUUUUGUUCUUAAUUGCCGGUUGGCACAUAAUGCUGGGAGGAGAUGGGUGCCUCAGCACCCUGGUCAUUUCUUUUUAAACAUGAAUUGUCUUAUGUGGUGCAAGGGACACACAGCUCAGUACCAUUUUCAAAGACUCCAUGCAAGUUGGAUCAUCAAUGUUCAAUGAUGUCUUUGUUUUAUUUUGCUCUUUCACAGGGUCUAUUCCUUUGUUUCCCCCUUUUAUUUUCCAUAAAUUUAAUGUAAAAUUAGCUUAUUUCAUUGUCAGUAUUUGAACUGCUGUAUAAUGAAUGGCACUUUUAUACUGUUGUAUCUCACUAGUGUCUCUAGAUGGCUCUGUCAAAUUCUUUUUCCCAGGUUUUCUAUUCAGCAUGCUGUAAUAUAUGAUAGAAUCUGCUGCCUUGGCUGUCUUUUUGUUAUCCAGAGUGUUUGCUAUUGAAUAAAUAAAAAUGGCCACAGUGACCGAGGCAGGUAGGCGUACUUCUGUAUCAGACUUUAAGGUUAUAUGGUGCUUUGUUCAUGUAUGUGUUGGCGUAAAUAAAACUUUCUACAA